AUGCGUUCCUGUCAUUCCUGCAACAUCCGGGUGCUGGUGGCUAUUGUGUGUGGGUUGCUGACGGGCGUCAUUUUGGGACUGGGCAUCUGGAGGUUGGCAGUAAGGAUCCAGAGAGGGGUAUCCACUUCUGUGUCGAGCAACCCUAUACAGUUCUGCAGGAAUGGCGGAACCUGGCAAAAUGGCAGAUGUAUUUGUACUGAAGAGUGGAAAGGGCUGAGGUGUACGAUUGCUAAUUUCUGUGAAAAUAGUACCUACCUGAGUUAUACCUUUGCUAGAAUCCCAGUGGGAAGAUAUGGACCGUCUUUGGAAAAAUGUCCUUCGGGCACUGUAAAUGCCGGGAAUCCUAAAGCAAUUCGGCUGUGCAGUGUUAAUGAAUAUGGAGAGAUAGAAUUACAAAAUGUAACGAUCGGAAGCUGCACUGAAAAUCUGCAGACACUGGAAACACAGAUAGAAAACAUCAAGACGGAAUCUAAGAAUAUUUCUACAGAAGCUCAGAUUUUAACAGCUAAUGCCAGUAUAUUAACCGCUGAGAACAUUACUUCUGCUACUAGAGUGGUCGGACAGAUCUUCAAUAAAACCAGAGGGGCCGAACUCCAGGCAAAAAGAGUCGCUAUAACCACAGUGAGUCAGAUUCUGGAUGCCAGUGAAGAUGUUUUCCAAAGAGCUGCUGAGAUUGACAGGGAGAACUCCUUUUCCACGCUGAUUGAGCAAAUGGAGUCUUACUCCUUUUCUUUGGGCGAUGAAACAGUCGUGGAACCUAACAUAGCAAUCCAGUCAGUUACUCGAGGCAAUGAUGCAGGGUCAAGUGUUCUGUUUUCUGUACAGAAAGGAUCAAGUGAUUCUUUAGUUUCUGGCGGAACAUCUAUUAAUAAAACUGCAGACAGACUCAAUCCAGAUGGACAGACUGAACUUCAGAUCUUGCUUAAUACCGGAGAAAACAAAAAUCCAUGUGGUUUUGUAGUGUAUCAAAACAACAAACUUUUUCAAUCCAAAGCUUUCACUGCUACAUCAGACUUCAGUCAAAAAAUCAUCUCAGGCAAAAUAGAUGCAAAUGGCCAAAACCCAGAUGUUUCUGUGCAAAUGGUAUUUAAUCCCACGUAUGACAGAAGAGAAUUCCAGCUUCACACCUAUGCCUGUGUCUACUGGAAUUUUUCAACGAACGACUGGGACACACAAGGUUGCCAAAAAGAUGGGAACUCUGCAGGGUUCCUCGGUUGCCGCUGCAAUCACACGACCAAUUUCGCAGUACUGAUGAGUUUCAAAAAGGAUUACCAGUACCCAGAAUCCCUUGACAUACUGUCUAACAUUGGCUGUGCCCUGUCCAUUGCUGGCCUGGCUCUAACUAUCAUAUUCCAGAUUGUUACCAGGAAAAUCAGAAAAACCUCAGUAACCUGGGUGUUGGUCAGUUUGUGUACAUCAAUGUUGAUUUUUAACCUUCUCUUUGUGUUUGGAAUUGAAAACUCCAAUAAGAACUUAAAGAUAAGUGAUAGUGGCAUCAAUGCUAAUCCUGAUACCAAUGAAAUCCCUGUGCGAGACACCACUGACAACCCGAAUCCCUCAUGCACGGCCAUUGCUGCAUUACUCCACUAUUUUCUCUUGGUGACAUUCACCUGGAAUGGACUCAGUGCUACUCAGCUCUACUUUCUUCUGAUCAGAACCAUGAAGCCCCUCCCUCCUCAUUUCAUCCUUGUCAUCUCAUUAGUUGGAUGGGGAGUUCCAGCUAUAGUUGUAGGUGUAACGGUGGGGGUUAUUUAUGCCCAGAGUGGGAACAAGUCAUUGUGGGAGUUAGACUAUCGGCAAGAGGAAAUCUGCUGGCUGGCCAUUCCAAGAAGCGAUAAUUUUGUGAAAAGCCCAUUUUUAUGGUCGUUCAUCGUCCCUGUAACCAUUAUCCUCAUCACCAAUAUUGCUAUAUUCAUCACAAUCACGGUCAAAGUGCUGUGGAAGAACAACCAGAACCUGACGAGCACAAAAAAGGUUUCAUCCUUCAAGAAGAUUCUGAACACAUUAUCUAUUGCUGUUGUUUUUGGAGUUACCUGGAUUUUGGCAUACGCUAUGCUAAUUAAUAAUGAUGACAUCAGGAUUGUUUUCAGCUACAUUUUCUGUCUUUUCAACACCACUCAGGGAUUGCAAAUAUUCAUUCUCUACACUGUUCGAACAAAAGUGUUUCAGAGUGAAGCUUCCAAGAUGUUGAAGUCACUGUCAUCUUCCUUUGACCGAGUAAAGCCAUUGCCUUCAGCAACUGGGCUGAGAUUGCGUGCAAGGAUGUACAAUAUGCUCAGGGUUAUACCAUCCCUGAAUGAACGAUUUAGGCUGCUGGAGCCAUCAGGAGUGACUGAGGAAACAUCAUUCCCUUGAAAGU